UUAGUCUAUUGCAUAUUGAUAUCAGUGUAAUGGGCGUGUCCGGAUAUUAAAUUGGUAUUCGGCACUAGCCUAUCUUCUAUCCGAGCUUCUAUCUUCCUGGUAUUCAGUUCUUCUCUUCUGCUGGUAGUGUUGCUACCUCUUGUAGGUAAUCCUCGCUCUCUUUGUUCCACCUCCUCCCAUUUUGUGUUUGGGUUCUCUCUCUUCCCACCAUCUCCAAGAUGGGCAAGACUAACAGUAAAUUACGUCCUGAGGUGGUCCAGGAUCUGGUGAGUAACACUCAGUUUGAUGAGGAGGAGGUACAGGAGUGGUACAAGGGAUUCUUAAAGGAUUGUCCAAACGGUCAUUUAAGUGUUGACGAAUUUAAAGUCAUUUAUUCUAAUUUCUUUCCUCAUGGAGACGCCUCGAAAUUUGCUGAACACGUUUUCCGAACCUUUGACUCAAACGGAGACGGGAGCAUUGACUUUCGUGAGUUCAUAUGUGCCCUCUCAGUGACCAGCAGAGGCUCACUCGAUGAGAAGCUCAAGUGGGCCUUCAACAUGUAUGACCUUGAUGGGGACGGGUCGAUCACUAAGGAAGAAAUGCUUGAGAUUGUACAGGCAAUAUAUAAAAUGGUCGGCACUGUCAUGAAGAUGCCUGAGGACGAAAGCACACCACAAAAAAGAACUGACAAAAUCUUUAGACAAAUGGACACUAAUAAAGAUGGGAAGCUGUCACUAGCAGAGUUUAUUGAAGGAGCUAAAACCGAUCCAUCAAUCGUACGUUUAUUGGAAUGUGAUCCUAGCAGUGGCCAAGGGGCUGCUCCUUAAAUAAUUAAUAAUUAUAAUUAAUUGUUGUUGUUCUGCCUUUUCACACAUUACAAAGCUUAUUUACUUUCCUUUUGUUAACAAUAAAAUUAAGAUACACUAGCUGAGCUUUAUUAAUACUAAAUGAACAAUAAUUUAUUAUCAUUAUUGUUGUUGUUAUUAUUAUGUGUUUUGAAAUAAUAAAAUCUGAAGACAAAAUAUUGAACCCAC